CGCCGUCGUGAUUCGCCGAGAAGAUCGCGGCGGCUGGGUCUGCGAUUGGACGGAGUUGGCGCGAACCCGUCUCGCGCGCCACUGCCGUUCUGAAGUGAAUUGUGAAGGGGGGGAAAGGAGAACUACGACGACUCAGGAAACAAUAGAGGAGCGCUCAGCAGCCCAGCGCGGGGAGCACGAGGCGCCUAGUGAAGGGCGGGCUGAGUCCUGAGGUAAACUAGGAAGGCCGCGACGUCGCCGGCGCUCCCGAAGAGAGUCGGAAUCAUGGCGGAUAAAGAAGCUGCCUUUGAUGAUGCUGUGGAGGAGCGAGUGAUCAAUGAAGAAUAUAAAAUCUGGAAAAAGAACACUCCAUUUCUCUAUGAUCUUGUAAUGACCCAUGCUUUGGAAUGGCCCAGCUUGACUGCUCAAUGGCUUCCUGAUGUAACCAGACCUGAAGGCAAAGACUUCAGUAUUCACCGGCUAGUUCUUGGGACCCAUACCUCUGAUGAACAAAAUCACCUUGUGAUAGCCAGCGUGCAGCUCCCUAAUGAUGAUGCACAGUUUGAUGCCUCACACUAUGAUAGUGAGAAGGGAGAGUUUGGAGGAUUUGGCUCUGUUAGUGGGAAAAUUGAAAUUGAAAUAAAAAUUAACCAUGAAGGAGAAGUGAAUAGAGCACGCUACAUGCCCCAGAAUCCUUGCAUUAUUGCCACAAAGACUCCAUCCAGUGAUGUACUUGUGUUUGAUUAUACCAAGCAUCCAUCUAAACCAGACCCUUCUGGUGAGUGUAAUCCAGAUCUACGUCUUCGUGGGCAUCAAAAAGAAGGCUAUGGUUUGUCUUGGAAUCCAAACCUUAGUGGUCAUCUGCUUAGUGCAUCUGAUGAUCAUACCAUUUGCUUGUGGGACAUAAGUGCUGUUCCAAAGGAAGGGAAAGUGGUGGAUGCGAAGACUAUCUUUACAGGCCAUACAGCUGUGGUGGAAGAUGUUUCCUGGCAUUUGCUGCAUGAAUCUCUCUUUGGAUCUGUUGCUGAUGAUCAGAAACUUAUGAUUUGGGACACCCGGUCAAACAACACUUCCAAGCCAAGCCAUUCGGUGGAUGCUCACACUGCUGAAGUGAACUGUCUGUCUUUCAAUCCUUAUAGCGAGUUCAUCUUGGCCACGGGAUCAGCUGAUAAGACUGUUGCAUUAUGGGAUCUGCGAAACCUGAAACUGAAGUUGCACUCCUUUGAGUCACACAAAGAUGAAAUAUUCCAGGUUCAGUGGUCACCACAUAAUGAAACCAUUCUGGCUUCCAGUGGUACCGAUCGCAGACUGAAUGUUUGGGAUUUAAGUAAAAUUGGAGAAGAGCAGUCUCCCGAAGAUGCAGAGGAUGGCCCACCUGAGCUGUUGUUUAUUCAUGGUGGUCACACUGCAAAGAUAUCUGACUUCUCCUGGAAUCCAAAUGAACCCUGGGUAAUUUGUUCGGUAUCAGAAGACAAUAUCAUGCAAGUCUGGCAAAUGGCAGAGAACAUAUAUAAUGAUGAAGAUCCUGAAGGAAGUGUGGAUCCAGAAGGGCAAGGCUCUUAGAUACUUGACCCCUUCAAUCCUUGCUGUUUGUUUCCUGUUGUUGUCCUCUCCCUGCCCUGUUCUCCUAAGUUUCUUGAGAUUGUCAGCUGUGCCGUUUUGCGAGAGACAAACACAUGCACUGUGCAUUCAACAGCCCAUCUGUAGAUAUUAUCCAUCAGCCUUGCUUCUAACUCAGAAAGUGAACUGUUGCUGUUGAAAGUUGAACCUGACUUGAGUUAGCAUCACACAGUGGCUUCUUGGUUGACAAUUUUUCACCUGAAAACUCAUUGAUUGAGAGCUGGUGUACACAGCCUGCUACAAGAAAUUUUAACAUAAACUAUGCCUGAAUUGUUUCAGUACAAGUGUUGGUAAGAUCUGAAUGUUUUCUACUGAGGGGAAUUUUAGAGUAGAAGCUUCUCUCUAUUUUAUUUUUAUUGGUCCCUCUGAUAAAAGAAUAUGUUUAGAGCUUUAGCUCUAGUCUUGUUUCAGAUACAGAUAAAUCCAGUGCAGGGUCACCUAUUCUUAACUUUUUUUCUAGCUGCUGUCCUUGAUUAGAGUAAGUUGGUCUGUCCAGAUAAUGCCUGAGUUUUCUUCAUAAUACUUUGGUCCUUCUAUCCUUUUCUGAUGGGGCAACUUAGGAUGUGGAUAUGAAUAUGGUAGUCACCUAUAACUGCACAUUACUUUGCCCUUUUGUGUGUUUCUUGAACUGUGUUCUAUUAUCUUUCCUUUCUGUGGUUUUUUUUUUAAACUGGGGGGACCACCAAGUUAUGAAAGUGUUUGUUUUCAGCUGAUAUAUGUAAUAAAGACUGAUAUAAAGAAUGAUUACAUGAUAUUUCACCUUGUAUCAGCACAUCUCCUGUGAGGGUGAACUGUUCCACCAGCAGCCCAUUUAACUUUCCAUGAACCAUACAAGUGCUUCAGAUUAAAUAAAUUUGGUUUUCUA